AUGUCACCACCAAGACUAUUCAUUAUGUCAACCAUGCAACAGGAUUUGGUCACGGUACAACCUACUCUUCUUCGGAAAUCGGCAGUAUGCUGCGCACGGUCGUUGGCGAAGCCUAUGUACGUUUCAGCGGCUACAUCUUUCGGCAAGCCAAUGGUAUCCCCAUGGGCAGAAACGCUAGCUCCGACAUCGCCGAUCUCACCCUCUCAGUGCUUGAGUUCAAGUUCAGCUGGAUUCCCAGCAACCAUCCUGUCCUGCUGUGUCGAUACGUCGACGAUGUACUCAUGCUUAACUGCACGGAUCCUCAUCUCCCUCUAUCACAGGUAUAUGGCCAACACCUGGACAUCGAAAUCACUGGUUCCGGUAAUUCCGUUGACUACUUAG